AUGGUGGGUUCUGAUAAUUCCAGUCUGUCUCCGCCGCUUUCGUCGUCGCCGCAGCCUGAGUCGGCGGCUGCACCUAAGCAAUUCGGCGUUACAAAACCUAUAUCUCGCGCCGGCCCAUCGGAGGCUGAUAUUAUGCGGACCAAGGACUUGGAAAAGUUUCUGGAAGAUUCUGGACUCUACGAGAGUGCUGAAGAGGCUGCCAAAAGAGAAGAUGUUUUGUCUCGGCUUACGGAGAUUGUGAAGGACUGGGUGAAAGGAAUCACUCGUUUGCGUGGGUAUACUGACCAGAUGGUGGAGGAUGCCAAUGCUUUGAUACUUACUUUUGGUUCUUAUCGCCUUGGGGUACAUGGCCCUGGAGCCGACAUAGAUACCUUAUGUAUUGGGCCAUCAUAUGUAACUAGAGAGGACUUCUUUUACGUGUUGCAUGAUAUUUUGGCCGACGUAGAGGGAGUUGCUGAAGUGCAACCAGUUCCGGACGCUCAUGUACCGGUUAUGAAAUUCAAGUUUGAUGGGAUAUCAAUCGAUCUACUUUUUGCCAGUGUGUCUCUUUUAGUUGUCCCAAAUGAUUUGGACAUUUCAGAUGUCUCGGUGUUGUACAAUGUCGAUGAAGCAACUGGUCGGAGUCUGAAUGGCUGCCGAGUUGCAGAUCAAAUACUAAAACUCGUUCCAAAUGUUAAGCAUUUCCGGACGGCACUUAGAUGUGUAAAGUUUUGGGCAAAACGACGUGGCGUUUAUUCAAAUGUGACUGGUUUUCUUGGUGGAGUAAACUGGGCUCUCCUUGUUGCUCGUGUAUGCCAACUAUAUCCAAAUGCAAACCCGAGCAUGUUAGUUUCUCGCUUUUUCCGAGUUUAUACCCAAUGGCGUUGGCCAAAUCCUGUAAUGCUUUGCGACAUAGAGGACAACGAGCUUGGAUUUUCUGUUUGGGAUCCAAGGAAAAAUCACUGGGACCGAGGCCAUCUUAUGCCAAUCAUAACUCCUGCGUAUCCAUGCAUGAACUCUAGCUACAAUGUUUCUGCAAGUACAUUAAGGGUAAUGAUGGAGCAAUUCCAGUUUGGUAACAAGAUCUGUGAGGAAAUUGAUCUGAACAAGACCCAUUGGAGUGCAUUGUUUGAGCCAUAUAUGUUCUUUGAGAGCUAUAAAAAUUAUUUACAAGUUGAUAUUCUUGCAACUGAUGCUGAUGACCUGCGGACCUGGAAAGGUUGGGUCGAAUCGCGACUGAGACAGUUGACUCUUAUGAUUGAACGGGACACCUUUGGCAAGUUACAAUGUCAUCCAUAUCCUAAUGAGUAUGUGGAUCCUUCAAAGCCAUGUUCCCAUUGUGCGUUUUUUAUGGGAUUGCAAAGGAAACCUGGAGAGGUGAUUCAAGAGGGUCAGCAAUUUGAUAUCCGUGGAACAGUUGAUGAGUUUAGGCAUCAGGUGAACAUGUAUACUUUCUGGAAACCAGGAAUGGAAAUAUAUGUGUACCAUGUUCGCCGGAAGCAGAUACCAGUGUAUGUGUUUCCAGAGGGAUACAAACGCAGUCGACCUCCAAGACUUUCAAGUCAACAAUCAGCUGAUAAGUCAGAAAAUGGUGAGAUUCACAGGUCAGGAUCUUCUGAAAAAACGCUUAAACGGAAAAUGGGGCCUGAAGCGGCUGGUGUAAAUGAAGACAGUCCCGAGAAAAGGCAUUCGAUUAGUCCCCAGAGGAGAGAUUCCAUCUCACCCGAACUUUUCAGUCAAAUAAAUAGCAUUGAUCUGAAAGCAUGCUCUUCAGAUGCAAAUUCAAGACUGCAAGAAAGUGGUGGAGCCAAUGGAUUAUGCUUGAGCUCUGCCGGAUUCACACCAGAAAUGCUUGCGGAAAAUUGUGACAGUAGAGGAACUAGCUUGGACUUAAUGGAGGUGCAGCAUAUUGUGCCACAGAAAAGUAUCUUGGAUGAGUGCUCCAAUAUGCUCUUUGAUGAGAAUGCUAAGCCUGUCUGCGUAAGUGCAGCAUCCCACCUAAAUGGUGAGAUCUCCAGCGAGGACACAAGAGAUGGAAGUAUUAUUGGGAUGGUGGCUUCUAAGGGGUCUUCAGAUUCUGAUGCUUUUAAGUCGGAUGCCAAAUUGCCGAUGGGCAAUGGAAGGGGAAAUGGGGCACAUGUGUACGAAGAUGCACUGCGGGAGUUGGAGCCAAAUACUGCUGAGGAAGUCGUGCUGAAGUCCAGGGAUGGAGUAAGCUCCGAAUCUGUACAAAAAACGGUGAUGAGCCGGUUGAGCCUUGCAUCAACAGCUUGA